UGUUUGAUGUGUUCUAAGGUUGGUUCGGAACAUAUGACUUUGCUACCAAAUAAAUUGAAAAAAAGAAGAUUUUUAUAUCAUAUGAAUUUGACAAUUAAUUUUGACAUUUGAGGAGGUCAGAGAGUUUUUCCAUUAAUUUCCUCAAAUUUUCUAAUAAAAUCAGCUAAAAAACCCUCAAAAAAAUGUCCCAAUUAGCCCAAAAAGUACCAGUCUUGGCCGGCAGACUCCUGGCCGAAGCCAAACCCCGUCUGAACACUUUCCUGAAAUACGCCAAAGUGGAACUGACACCCCCUACUCCGGCCGACAUCCCCCAAAUCCGUGCCGGAAUCGGUAGAUUACUGAGCGGAGCCAAAAACGGCAACUGGAAAAACGUCACAGUCCGCGACGGAUUUGUCAAUUCUUUAAUUGCCAUUGAGAUCUGGUGCUGGUUCUAUGUGGGCGAGUGCAUCGGAAAACGUCACAUUGUAGGAUACGAUGUCUGAAUUAUACAAUAAUUGGAGUAGAUGUUAGAUGUUUAAUUAAUAAAUAUAACUGAAAAAAAUUAAAAAGCC